GCAGUGUGCUUGUGAGUCCGUGUAAUUUUGCUAAGCUCCUAGAAGAGACACUUGGAUGGUGGAUUAACGAAAACACUGACAUUCCUUGGAAAGUUUCAAGUUGGAGAGUAUUGAAUUUUCACCCUAGUCAAGCAGCUCUGCUGCUCACAUAAAUACAGAUGAAUGAAGACCCCAUUCGGAAAGACACCAGGCCAGCGGUCCAGAGCUGAUGCAGGCCAUGCUGGAGUGUCCGCAAACAUGAUGAAGAAGAGGACAUCCCACAAAAAACAUCGGAGCAGUGUGGGGCCCAGCAAGCCUGUGUCCCAGCCCCGGCGGAACAUCGUAGGCUGCAGGAUCCAGCAUGGGUGGAGAGAGGGCAACGGCCCUGUCACCCAGUGGAAGGGGACUGUCCUGGACCAGGUGCCUGUGAAUCCGUCUUUGUAUCUUAUAAAGUAUGAUGGAUUUGACUGUGUUUAUGGACUAGAACUUAAUAAAGAUGAAAGAGUUUCUGCACUUGAAGUCCUCCCUGACAGAGUUGCAACAUCUCGAAUCAGUGAUGCACACUUGGCAGACACGAUGAUUGGCAAAGCAGUGGAGCAUAUGUUUGAGACAGAGGAUGGCUCUAAAGAUGAGUGGAGGGGGAUGGUCUUAGCACGGGCACCUGUCAUGAACACAUGGUUUUAUAUCACCUAUGAGAAAGACCCUGUCUUGUACAUGUACCAGCUCCUAGAUGAUUACAAAGAGGGCGACCUUCGCAUCAUGCCCGAUUCUAAUGAUUCUCCUCCAGCAGAAAGAGAACCAGGAGAAGUUGUGGACAGCCUGGUGGGCAAACAAGUGGAAUAUGCCAAAGAAGAUGGCUCCAAAAGGACUGGCAUGGUCAUUCACCAAGUAGAAGCCAAACCAUCCGUCUAUUUCAUCAAGUUUGAUGAUGAUUUCCAUAUUUAUGUCUACGAUUUGGUGAAAACAUCCUAGAUGUCAUCACGAACUUUGCCAAAUUUGUGGAACUAUUAAGUGUAUAAUUUGUAGACAUAAAGACUUGAUUGCUUUCCAGUUUAAUGAAAGCUUAAAUGUCCCUGCGAACCCACAAUCUCUGCCAGCAGAACUGGCUUUGUUCUGAGUAGUACAGAUUGACGUGAACACAAAGCAUCUUGUGUGAGGAGAACUCCUUCCUCUUGCAAGAAAGAAGUCUGUCUGUUGGGAGGGGAGUUUCCGGCAAGCUUGGUAAAAGUUAAGCUAAUUAUAAUGGUCAUUUCAAUUUGGAUAGAUCUUAACCAUUUCUUUUCACUCUAACACUGUCUUACUCUGCUGCCACAAUGCAAGCAUAGUUCGUUAUUUUGUUACUGCCUCUUUUGAGAGCUGUGUAUCUAUUAUCUACCUGUCUACCUGUGUCUGUGUGCCAAUGUAUAUAAUUAUAUACAUACACACAGCUUACCCAGGCACACACACCACUGGCAGUCCUUUCCUCUUGGAUUGGGAUGUGGGUGAUAAAAUUUUCUCCAGUUUAACAGGAGCGCUUGACCCAAGUCAGUCAUGAUAUGCCUGCUUUUUAUUUAAAGUUAAAUUGGGGCCCAGGAAGCACAUAGGGACAUUUACGUUUUGAAAGUCAGAGGUUCAGAGCACCUUUUUGUCUGGAGGCUUUCAACCACAAGCCCAAAAAUGACUUAGUUGUGAAUAGUUAAUGACCCCACAUUAGAACUUGAUAAGCUGGUGAGAAAUCUGGAUAAAAGACUGCCUUCAGUUCUAAGCUUUGUAAAUGUUUUUGUUUACAUUUUGAUCACGUUAUAAAUGCUUUUUAAGUAAAGCCCAGGUCCUUGGUCCACAUGGUAUAAUGUAGGUGUAUUUUGGAUGGCACAUUUGGUCCGUUAUUUGUACAAACCCGUAAUCUAGAUUUUAGCAUAUUGAUUUAAAAGGCAACAGAACAUCAGUGAUUUGUGUGUAUGUGGUUAAGUUCCUAGAAGAACAGUUUUUGUAUGAAAAAUGCAAGUUUGAAGAAUGGCAUUGUUGCCUUCUAACAGGUUCUCUGGGACUUUUAUUUUAUAUUUUUGUUCUUGUUGAUACAUGAUUAUGGUCAGAAGGUUUCUCCCCUUCUCCCCUCUCUGGCUUCUCCCCACUAAGAAUGUCUCACAAAUAAUGGCGUCAUCAAUCUCUGACACCUUUUGUGAUGAUGUAUGUUCUGUUCCAGGUUUGCUGUUAGUGUGGGUUUGUUUUCUUCCAUGGCCCUUGGGGUUUUGCAUGCCAGUCAUGUGUUACUGUAGAAAGCCCAGUCAUCCAGGUUGGCUUGUGGGUGCACUAGCAUUUCUCUGCCACAGAUUCCUUUCAUGGUGUCUUCUUGCAAAGUGGUGUGAACCAGAAAUGGAAAUGCAAAUGUGGUAGGUCUGUCAGUCAAUCAGACAGCUACUUUCGCUCAUUGGAAGAACCCUGUUGGUUUGACAGCCUGGAGGAAGACUGUAUGUGAAACCAAUCUCUUGUGGAGAUUGAAAGGUCUUACCUGUACUUGGGCAAAGAGCCUACCCAGGGUGCAUGCUGUCAGCCAAACACCAGAACUUUGGUUCUGAGGUCUGUAUUGACUUCUGCUGGGGCUGUUUUCCAUACUCAGAUCAUUCCAUGGUUUGCUUGAUUUCCAUUCCAGCCUUCACAAAGGCAGAUGACUUGUGCUUUUUUUUAGAUGGUAGUGAGCACUCACCAUGUGCACACACAGUCACCCUGUGCCCACCACUUCACCAAGGGCAGCCAAGGGCGAGCUUCUCAAAGCUGUGUGGGAUCCCAGUCUUAGGUGCUUGUCAUGUGUGCAAACAGGUGUCGUCCUGCAGAUCUGCCAUGUGUCCCCAUGCAUGUAAAUCUCAAAGCUGAGCCUGGCCUCCAGAGCCCACACUGACAUUGGUGGCACAACUUGAGUGUGUUCAACAUGCACACAGUGCAGAACAUGGUGCAGUGAAACUUCAGGUUGGAAAGUAAAGUUCCUUUUGAAGUAUCCUGAGGGUUGGGUCAAUUGAAAUAAUUGUAACAUUAUAUAAAGGCUUGCAUUGUGGUUUUUCUGCAAGCAACUUUAAUAUACCCAUGAUCUCCCAGUCUCUAGAGGAAUGUAACAUGAUGAUAAUGAUGGUUUUAAUCAUUGUUCCAUUUAUUGCCUUUAGAGCCGAGAGAAAGGGGAGGGUUUUUUUUGUUUGUUUUUUGUUUCCAUUUUUUUCUCCCCGUUUUUUCUUUUCUCUUUGGUGGCUUACACCACAGUGAAUGGCUAUCACUGUGACUUAAGUCACUCUGCUCUCAGCCCACUUAUCCUGGGCUUCACUUUAGGCUCAUGUUUCAGAUCUGCAUGCAUUGCUUGCAUUUUCCUGGUAUCUGGAUGUUGAUUCCUUGUCCUAGGAAUUUAACAUUAUUUCCAAAAUUAUCAUGGGACUUGUGGCAACACAAGACAUGAAUCUAUGUAUAAAAUUUAUUGGCCUUUCUCAUUUACCUGCUCUAGUAUUGUAUCGUGUGUGCGUGCGUGUGUGAUGUCAGGCUGCCACGUAAAAAAAUAACUUCAGAGAAGAACCUUGAAAGCAGACCAUCCUUUUUGCAUGCUCUAUUCUAAGUAGAAUGUUCAAUGUAACUAACUAAAAUUGCAUGUUAAAGAUAUUUAGGUUUUGUUUUGUUUUCUUUUUUUCUUUUUCUUUUACUUUCAGUUUCCUGUAUAUUUGCUUACUGUGCUGUUCUAGUGGUUGUAGGAUAAAAAAAAUGCACUGGUGAAGCAGAUGUAGUGCCAACCGAAGGUGAUUUUCCAGUUGUAAAUGUCAUGCAGCAUUUGAAGGGACUGUGUAUUCCCUACAAAAUCACAGUGACUUCUAAGCCAGAUUUCGUUUCUGUUGUUUUAUGUGCCAAACCUCGAAGUGCAUUGGGCUUGAAUCUCUGAACACUGUUAGACCCAUUAGAAGACUGUUUUUGAUUGUCACAAAUUGUAGUGCCUGAAAACAUUCAAAACUGAUUGUCUUAAAAUAACAAAACAAAACAAAAACAAAACAAAGUGAAAGUCCUCCAAAGACGAAACGGGAACAAUUAUUAUAACAAAACAAUUAAGGUCAAACUGUCUGUGGUUCCUUGGAAAUGCUGCGCUCUUUGUAUUCUCCAUCAUUAGUGCAGUUCAGAUGAAUGUGCAUAGUUCAGAGGUCUUCGUGUUCACACUUUAAAACUAGCUAAAUGACCUCAUCUUUCAAGCUUGAAUUUAUUUUGUUUUAAUUUUAUUUUAUACAGUGUGUAGACAAUUCCCUGUUCUCUGCAUUUAGACGUAUACACAGUAUAAAUCUGUCAAUUCUGUAAGUAAUUUUUAUAAUUAUGAUGUAACUCCAUCCUUCCUUAAAAAUUCAAAAUAAACCCUUUAUGUGCAA